AUGUGCAUACAUUACCAGCGUAUCCUGUUGUUGAGAAAACGCAAAGCGUACCAUCUCGGUGACGAAGUGCGUUGUAAGACAGGCUGUGAUUGGUGCAAUGGAGAGAGACGACGAAUCACAGCUUUCUAUUUUGUAAUCUGGUCUGUGAUUGGUGCUUUGACCGAUGCUCAGAUCCGCAGCAUUUUCCCUUGUCUCUCUCUCUCUCUCUCUCUCUCGAGGACAUUUCGUUUCAAGCUUUCUCGGCGAUCGGUUUACUGUACUACUUUAAGCUGUGCUGUGUGUGAUUCUUUUUUGUUUCUUUGCGUUGAACUUUGCGUUUUCAUGGCUCCCAAGCGUGCUGCUUCUUCCAAGGCUGGUACUGAGCCUAAACGCAAACGAAGAAUGAUGAUGAUCGCUGAGAAAGUGAAACUUCUGGAUAUAUUGAAAAAAGGGAGAACUUACGCUGCCGUAGCCAGCCAUUUUAGCGUGAACGAAUCCGUCGUUCGCUACAUCAAGAAGGACGAGGCUAACAUUAGGAAGACGGUAGCCAUCUUCUUUAAUAAGUCGGCGAUGAGCGUGGUUAUGGUUUGUAAUAAAACUAUCAUCCGUAUGGAAGCUGCUUUGGCCGUAUGGAUAGCCGACUGCCGAAAGGAUAACAUAGCCUUGGAUACGAACAUCGUCAAAACAAAGGCUAGGAGCCUGUAUGAGACUUUCGCCGCUAAGGAACUUGAAGACGACAGUGGUGACCACGAAGAAGACGACGUAGAACAUCCGCAACCAGGGACGUCCAGUGAUUCACAACCUAAAAAACCUCCUUUUACUGCUAGCAAAAAGGCGGUUUGCUAA